GCUAUUUUGGGGAAAUUCAGUUCUUGUGUGUUUUGGUUAAUCAUUGUUACCAUGCAGAAGUCAGUUCUGUGAGUUGGGGGUAAAAGGAAGUAAUAUAAAUAAUUUCUGCAUUUCAUACAGCAAUAGCAGACAACAUUUCUUGACUGAUACAACCAUUACUUCAUGAUGACCAAAUUCAUUUUUCUAGCUUGCUUUUCUCUGUCAUUGUGCCAGUUUGGAUUUGCCUCCCAACUGGCAUGUUACUUCACAAACUGGUCUCAGUACAGACCUGACGGUGGCAAGUACAUGCCAUCUAAUGUGGACCCACAUCUGUGCACUCAUUUAAUUUAUGCUUUUUCCAUUAUUAAUGAGGGAAAUAAAUUGACAACCUUUGAAUGGAAUGAUGAAACUCUCUACAAAUCUUUCAAUGGACUAAAGACAAGAAACCCCAACUUGAAAACUCUCUUGGCUGUCGGAGGAUGGAACUUUGGCUCAGCUCGGUUUAGUGUCAUGGUGUCCACAUCAGAAAACAGGCAGACCUUUAUUCAGUCCUCCAUCACAUUUCUGAGGACCCAUGGCUUUGAUGGUCUGGAUCUGGACUGGGAGUAUCCCGGUACUCGUGGAAGUCCUCCAGAAGACAAGCAGAGAUUCACUCUGCUGUGUAAGGAACUCUUGGAAGCUUAUACGGCAGAGGGUGCUGCCACAGGACGUCCCAGACUCAUGCUCACCGCUGCAGUGGCUGCUGGGAAAGGAAACAUUGAUGCUGCGUAUGAAAUUGCAGAAAUUGCCAAGUAUUUGGACUUCAUCAAUGUCAUGACCUAUGACUUCCAUGGCUCAUGGGACACUGUCACUGGACACAACAGUCCUCUGUACCGUGGCUCUGGAGACACAGGAGACAAUAUCUACUUAAAUACUGAUUUUGCAAUGAAAUACUGGAGAGAUCAGGGCACUCCUGUGGAGAAGCUGAGGAUGGGGUUUGCAGCAUAUGGAAGAACGUUUCGCCUGACGUCUGCAGCCAGUGGAGUCGGAGCUCCAGCUAGUGGACCUGCCUCAGCUGGAACUUUCACCAGAGAGGCCGGAUUCUGGUCCUAUUAUGAGAUCUGUCCUUUCCUUCAAGGAACCACCAUGCAAUGGAUUGAUGAUCAGAAAGUUCCUUAUGCAACCAAGGGACAGGACUGGGUGGGAUUUGACACCAAGGAAAGCUAUACGACUAAGGUGAAUUACCUGAAGGAGAACAAGUUUGGGGGAGCUUUCGUCUGGGCUCUGGAUCUCGAUGAUUUCGCAGGACAGUUCUGUGGGCAGGGCAACUACCCUCUUAUUGGGCAUCUCCGCUCACUUCUUAAUACUGGAGCAGAGUUCUGUGAAGGCAGACCACAGGGAAUUUAUGCAAACCCAGCUGACCCAUUGACCUUCAUUCAGUGUGCUAAUGGCAGGACCUUUGUACAGAGUUGCCCUGCAGGGACCGUCUUCAAUCCCAACUGCUUGUGCUGCGACUGGCCUAAGAAUUAACCUCACGUGAUCACUCUUUCACUCCUAAAAAGAAAAUGUGUAGAAUUUUUGCAGUAUUUUUGAAGUAGUAGUAUUUAGGGCCACUAGUGGCGCAAUAAUUUUACACUUUACCUUUAAGUUUUGUGAUAAUGUCUUCAAAUUUAACACUUUUGCAAAAUAUUUUGUUGGGUCUUUGCACUCACUUUUAGUCUAACUUGUCUGAUUAAAACUAGCAUGAUUCACGAGUUUGCAUGUACAUGAAAUCAAAAUAAAGUAAUUUGUAUAAUAAUUUAUGCGUAUUUGGCGUGCUGUCCGGGGGAGGGCUCCGAGCUCGGAAUUUGGCCCGAACCCAGAGUACUCCCCCUCCUUAACUGGGAUAGAAACCAGCCAAGAGUGAGGUGAUGGGGUGGUGGAGGGAUGCUGUGAAACUUGUCGCGGGAUAGAGGUGAGAGACGGCUUUAUAUACCGGCUUCCUCUUGCACUGAUUGGUUGAUUACCUGAACGUGCGCCUCCCGAAUUUUGUUAAAUAAAACUUCAUUUAGAAAAGCA